GAACCUGAGUCUCGAGCAGCCGACUAGCCGAGUCUCGACUCUCGAGCAUAUAACGCGCACGCCACGACGGCGGUGGACUCCGGUACUCAAUCAAGUCUCGCUUCGUCGCCUCUCUGGUCUCCACUCUCCUCUCUUCGCUUACUACCCAGCCCGGCAGCUGCCGGCCUGCCGCGCGCAGGGACAGGAUCCCGGUUCCGGGGAAGCGGGAGAACGCCGGCCGUGUGGGUGGGCGCGGCGACAAGCGAGCUAAGAGGACAGGAUCCCGGCUCCGGGGUGACGCCGGCGGAGCGGAGGCUGCACACCCCUCCUUGCUCCCCUUCCCUGCUGGGUUCUUCUUGCAAGGAGGAACGUCUUUUGGGCGUAAUUUCGAGCCUGCCUGCGUUCUUGCGAAUCUUGUUUUUUUCAUCAUGUUGGACUAUGCUCCGCCUCAUGCUUCGCAAGGAAUUACUGGGUUUUGGGUGCAUCUUCUAUUCUCCUUGACAAAAAUCUUGGCCCAGGAGAGUUCGAUCAUGAUGGCCUCCUUCCGGCACUUCUAUCAAUCCCCUUCGGAUCUCCCGAAGCGUCUCAAAACAUUUUGCUCUUUCAAGUCUAAGUCCGAAUUAACCGCAGCAUCAUUGUCAAGGGUCGUGUGUUCUGGAAGUUGUGUUGUUGGGGAUGUGAGAAGUUUCUGCUAAUUAUUAUAUGAGAACCAUGGCCAGUUUUGGAGGUGUCUUCUGGGUGGUUAUCCUGGUUGUGAUGCUCCCCUGCUUGGAUGUUGCACUGGGGCAAAGUACCGACCCCUCGGAAGUGGAUGCACUCAGGGCUAUCAAGAGAAGCUUACUUGAUCCUAUGAAUAACCUUAAUAAUUGGAACAAGGGAGAUCCAUGCACAUCAAAUUGGACAGGGGUUUUCUGCCACAAAACCAAUGAUGCACAUCUUCAUGUUACAGAAUUACAGUUGUUUAAGAGGAACCUCUCUGGAACUUUGGCACCAGAGGUCAGUCUUUUAUCUCAGCUGAAAACACUGGAUUUUAUGUGGAACAAUUUAACAGGUAGCAUCCCAAAGGAGAUAGGAAACAUCACAACACUCACACUAAUACUAUUGAAUGGCAAUCAACUCUCUGGUUUCUUGCCAGAUGAGAUUGGUAACCUUCAACACCUAAACCGGUUACAGGUUGACCAAAACCAAAUACUGGGCCCGAUUCCUAAGUCAUUUGCCAACCUAAUAAGUGUGAAACAUAUCCACAUGAACAAUAAUUCAUUAACUGGGCAAAUCCCAGCUGAAUUGUUCAGACUGCCAGCACUUUUUCACCUCCUUGUUGAUAACAAUAAUUUGUCCGGACCUCUUCCUCCAGAGCUAGGGGAGGCACCUUCUUUGAAAAUAUUUCAGGCUGAUAACAAUAACUUCAGUGGAAGUUCUAUCCCUACUACAUACAACAACAUAUCAACACUACUAAAGCUGAGUCUUAGGAACUGCAGCUUGCAGGGCGCUAUUCCUGAUCUGAGUGGCAUAUCUGAACUUGGCUAUUUGGAUCUUAGCUGGAACAAGCUGACAGGAUCUAUACCAACUAAUAAGCUUGCCUCAAAUAUCACUACAAUUGAUUUGUCACAUAACAUGCUUCAUGGAACUGUGCCAACAAACUUUUCAGGGCUUCCUAAUCUUCAGCUAUUGUCCAUUGAAAAGAACCGUCUAGAUGGUGCUGUUCCCUCAACAAUCUGGAAUGACAUCAUCCUUACUGGAAAUAGAAGCCUUGUUCUGGACUUCCAAAAUAAUUCCCUUGAGACAAUUCUGGCUGUAUAUAAUCCUCCACAAAGUGUUACUGUAAUGUUGUAUGGAAACCCUGUAUGUGGGAACUCGAAUGGAGCUCUAAUAGACAACCUUUGUCAACCCAAGUCAGUAAACCUGCAAACUUCUAAACAGAAACAGGACUCUGGGUUAAAUUGUUCACCUUGCCCAACAGAUAAAGAUUACGAGUACAAUCCGUCAUCCUCUUUAUCUUGUUUUUGUGCCGUGCCACUUGGAGUUGGACUUCGACUGAAGAGUCCAGGAAUCACGGACUUUCUUCCCUACGAAGGUACCUUCGGGGUCAACGUUACCUCUUUGCUGAAACUAUUUGUCUACCAGCUACACAUUGAGCAUUACAUAUGGGAGGUGGGUCCAAGGCUCAACAUGCAACUGAAGUUAUUCCCAAGCAAUACAAGUUUAUUCAAUAUGUCUGAGGUUGUGCGACUCAGACAUGUACUUGCUGGAUGGGAAAUUACUCUUCCAGAUAUGUUUGGUCCAUAUGAGCUUCUCAACUUCACACUUGGUUCCUAUGCAAAUGAAUAUCCAAAUGCAGCUUCAUCAGGUUUAAGCAAGGUCGCAUUUGCUGGUAUCUUGGCAGGCACAAUAGCUGGUGCUUUUGCACUUUCCACGAUAACUACUAUUCUUAUAAUGAGAAGACGUUCAAGACAUAGAACAGUUUCAGGACGGUCGCUUUCAAGAUUUUCUGUGAAAAUUGACGGUGUGAGGUGCUUCAGAUUCACUGAAAUGGCUAGGGCCACCAACAAUUUUGACCUAUUAGCUCAAGUUGGUCAAGGAGGUUAUGGUAAAGUUUAUAAAGGAACUUUAGACGAUGGAGAAACUGUGGCAAUCAAACGGGCACAUGAGGAUUCUCUUCAAGGUUCAAAGGAGUUCUGCACAGAAAUAGAGUUGUUAUCCAGAUUGCAUCAUCGGAAUCUGGUUUCACUAGUUGGCUAUUGUGAUGAAGAAGAUGAACAGAUGCUAGUUUACGAAUUCAUGCCAAAUGGUACUUUACGUGAUCAUCUUUCUGCCAAGUCCAAACGAUCUCCUGGUUUUGGUUUGAGGUUGCACAUUGCAUUGGGUGCUUCCAAGGGAAUUCUGUAUCUACACACUGAUGCAAACCCUCCUAUAUUUCACCGUGAUGUGAAGGCCAGCAACAUACUGUUGGACUCAAAAUUUGUUGCGAAGGUGGCUGACUUUGGUCUUUCAAGGCUUGCUCCAGUGCCGGAUAUUGAAGGGACGUUAGCAGGGCAUGUUUCCACUGUUGUUAAGGGCACGCCGGGGUAUCUUGAUCCAGAAUACUUCUUGACUCAUAAAUUGACAGACAAAAGCGACGUAUAUAGCCUUGGUGUUGUGUUUCUUGAAAUGUUGACCGGGAUGAAGCCAAUUGAGCAUGGUAAAAAUAUAGUAAGAGAGGUAAACAAAGCUUACCAAUCAGGCAAUAUUUCUGAAAUCGUCGACAGCCGGAUGGGACUGUGUCCACCGGACUGCAUCAGUAGGUUCCUCUCACUAGCAACCAAGUGCUGUGAGGAUGAGACUGAUGCCAGGCCUUCCAUGUCGGAGAUCGUCCGAGAACUCGAGGUUAUCCUGAGGAUGAUGCCGGAGUUGGAUCUUGUUCUGCUGGAGGCCCCCGACACAUACUCAACAGACAUGAGUAAAUCUUUGUCAAGUUCUUCAGCAACCGGGACUUACUUUGUCUCACAGACCUCUGGCACUGGCAGUGUUGAUGCAAGCAGUGGCGUGCUCUCCGGGGUGCUGACUCCUCGCUGAUCUUGGUGUUUUUUCCUUUGAGAUGGAUCUUAGUAUUUCCUAGUGUUUGUGACUUGUAAAUGCAACUGUGUUUUUUCAGAUUAGGGGACUCGUUAGUUGUUUGUUGUUACACUCUGAUCUUUCGUCUGUAUAUAUUGAUUAAUCAGCUUUGAUGUAAACUAGAGAACGUGGCACUGGCAUAUGGAUACUAUUGUCAUUUCCUUUCA